AUGGCUUGGUGUAAAAAAUUAUUUCACAGAAGAAACAAUACUUUGGUGGAUGAUGAUUUGGAAACAGUUUUUGAGAAAAAAGAACGAUGGAGAAGCAUUUAUGUAAUUUAUUUUACUAUGUUUCUUAUGUCUUUGGGUUUUAGUAUUAUUCUAACAGGAGUAUGGCCAUAUCUUGAUAAGUUGGAUAGUUCUGCUGGUAAAGAAUAUAUGGGAUAUGUAGUUGCAGCAAAUCCUUUAGGGCAAAUGUUAUUUUCUCCUCUAGUAGGAUGGUGGGGAGAUAAAAGAGGAUCUAUAAGACUUCCACUUUUAUCAACAUUAGCUUUAUUUACAUUUGCAUCAGGAUUAUAUAGUAUUCUUGAGAUUGUACCAGGCGAUCGAAAAAUGUAUAUGAUCGUUGCCAGAUUUUUGGUUGGAAUUAGUUCUGCUAAUAUUGCAGUAGCACGGUCUUAUCUUUCAGCAGCUACAAAAUUUGUAGAAAGGACACAUGCUGUUUCAAUGGUAUCUCUUGCUCAGGUAUUAGGAUUUGUGGUAGGUCCUAGUUUACAAGCUGCAGUUACACCUCUUGGAGAAAAGGGUGUAUAUUUUAUAAAUAUACCUAUUAAUAUGUAUACUAUGACUGGUUGGAUAAAUGUCAUAAUGGGAAUUCUUAAUUUUAUUUUAUUUCUUCCAUGGAAUUUUACAGAACGUCGAAUUGCUAUUCGCGAAGCAAUGCGAAAUGAAGGAAAACAAACUGAGGAAGAAACAUUGAAAUCUAUAAAACCAGACAAUUUAGCAGCUUGGACAUUAAUUUGUGCAUUUUUUGUCUUAGUAUUUAAUUUUGUUCUUCUUGAAACACUUGGUACUUCUUUAACUAUGGAUCAAUUUGCAUGGUCAAAAACAGAAGCUUUGUAUUACAUGGGUAUAUUAAUGAGUAUUGGGGCUGUUGUAUCAUGUAUCACAUUUGUUAUGAUUGAACCUUUAUGCAAAAAAUUUAAUGAACGUAAAGUAAUGCUAUGGGGUGGAUUUUUAUUCAUGGUAAUAGGAAGGAUUUUAUAUAUUCCAUGGGGACCAGGUCCUCCGAAGAUUGCUUAUCUAGAAUCAUUUAAUAAUAUUACAAAAGAUUCCAAUGGCACAGAAAUUGUAGGAUGUCCAAGUACUCAAGAAUGGUGCAGUUAUACACCACAACUUACACCUGUACAAUUUUUUAUUGGAUAUGGAUUCACUACUAUAGGAUAUCCAUUAGGUAUUACUCUAAUACAAACUAUCUUCAGUAAAGUAUUAGGACCUCGCCCACAAGGUGUUUGGAUGGGUUUUAUGACAGGUGCUGGAUGCGCUUCUCGCGUCUUAGGUCCAGUAUUUGUUAGUGUAAUUUAUACUCGUUUUGGAACGUAUCAUACGUUUGGUAUCACUGGAUUAACAUUAAUAAUAUGUAUGUCAUGGUUACAAAUUGUAAACAAACGAUUAGUUCCACCAAAAGCAACAAUUCUAUCAAAAGAUAUGGAAAUUCCAUUAGUUCAUCUCAAAUCUAAUGAUAUUCAAGAUUUAAAUGAUGCACAAAAAAGUAAUAAAAAUGAGGAAUGGGAUAAAAUGUAGUAAUUAGUACAC